AUGGCCCAACGUCAAGCACAGCUGAAAUUUGGAGGUCAAGGAUUGGCUCUUACUGUUCCCAAUCAGUCGUUGCAAGAAUGCUCGUUCAUGUCGAAUUUGAUUACGGAUAGAGAAUCUACCUUUUUAAGCUAUUUUAUUCCUUCUGAUGAUCCGAAACUCCUUCCCUCCUACCGGUUUAUGUUUCAGGAAUGCAGUGAGUUAAAGCAUUGCAAUCAUAAAAUGCAAGCUUGGAGAUUUCCAGGUGAAGUGGAAGCAUUCAAUGAUGACGGUGAGGAAUAUUCUGGACAGAAACUUCUAAACACAUUGAUUAAAGAAUCUGUUUAUGGAAUUGUCGUUUGUGUUCGAUGGUAUGGCGGGCAAUUGCUAGGGCCCGUUCGCUUCCAACACAUUGUGGACACGGCAAAAGGUGCUAUUCAAAAAUAUAAAAAAAGUUUUGAAGAAAAGAAACAGAAAGAAGCAUGGAUGCAAGCUACAAUGGCUCAGCAACAACAGCGUCAACCUCGUUCGCUUAAUCCCUUGGACCAGAAGGUUCGUCAGAUAACAGCCAAGGAUCGAACUGUCAAUCUGUUGCGCAAAACUCUUGGAUUUCCUAUUUUACAAGAGGUCGACUACUACGCAAAGUCGUUGAGCACUUUAGAGAUGUUGCUACAAAGUCGAAACAGUAUGAUCAGCUCCCUUCGUUCACAAUUGCAGAAAAGCAAAGAAACUGAAAAUGUAGAAGACACUUCUAGCACACCCAAAGAACAGAAGGCUACUAUGUCCGAAAAGAAAGUGGACAAUGACAAUUAUACGCCCAAACAACCAGAAGGUGCUACAGUACUGUUGGAAAAUUCGGAAAUUCAGGAGCAAGUCCAAAAGAAACCGGAUGCUGAGAGCUAG